UGCAUUCAGUCCCGAACGGCGUACUCUGCUCCAAGAUGUAUCGGGAUAUUCUGAUUCUCACCCUGGCGGGUUUCUGCCUCUCUGCGGCCACCCUGGUGAACGCGGAUGUCGCCAACAAGGAGUUCCUCGUGAAGCAGGAAAAAAUUUACGACGCACUAUGGAACCCCUCACAGCCAGAACUCCAGCCUGAGAUGUACGAGAUGGGAAAGUCUUACAAAUACGAGACGCACAUGGAGUCCUAUAAGAACAAGGAUGCCUUUUACGAGUUUCUGACGCUGUACAAGGAGAAGACAUUGCUUCCUCGCGGAAAGAUCUUCUCCAUAUUUUAUCCCGAGCACCUGCACGAAGCCAUAGUUCUCUUCAAGAUCUUUUACUACGCCAAGGACUUCGAAACCUUCUACCAAACUGCCGCUUUCGCUAGAAACUUCAUGAACGAGGGAGUGUACACCUACGCUGUCAGCCUCGCUGUGGUACACCGUCCUGACACAAAGUUCAUGCGCAUUCCCUAUUUUCACGAAAUUUACCCCUAUAUAUUCUUCAACACUGAAGUUAUCCGAAGUGCUUACGAGGCGCUACUCUACCAAGGUCCCAGCAGCCCUGCAAAAUCCUCUGGUAACACGAUCAUCAUCCCCGCAAACUACACCGCUCUAUACUCGAGCUCGGCAUCGCAAGAUGACUUCAAAAUGAUGUACUUCACCGAGGAUGUAUUUUUCAACGAAUUUGACUACUUCAGUCACCUUUCUCAACCAUUCUGGAUGCCUUCUGAAGAGUUCAAUCUCCAGUCGGAGAAACGUGGUGAAGUGUAUUUUUUUGUACAGAGGAUGAAAUACGCCCGCUACCAACUAGAACGUUUCUCCAACGACUUGUACGAGAUCCCAGAUUUUGACUUUAACUACCCCAUCCCCCGAGGUUACUACCCCAGCCUCAGCUACCACAACGGAUAUCCGGUCCCUCAUCGUGAACCAUACGCUACUAUUCCAAACUACAAGUUUGCUACGAUCAGGGAACUCCGUGAUCUCGAAUACAAGAUCCAAGAAGUAAUCGACUCAGGAUACGUCUUCUAUAAAAACGGCUCAUUCGAAUCAAUUCGCAAUCCAUAUGGUUUGAACGUUUUCGGAAACCUCAUGGCAGGAAACGCUGAAUCUCCAAACUGCGAUUUCUACGGCAACUAUGAGAUUCUCGUCAGGGACGUGCUUGGAUUCAGCCCAGCACCUCGAAGCAAAUAUGACGUUGUCCCGAGCGUUUUGCAGCACUAUGGUGCCGAUCAGAGGGACCCCAUGUUCUGGAGUUAUGUCCAGAGGAUAGUGCAUUACUACAAGGAAUUCGCCUCAUACUUGCCAAAGUACACUUACGAGCAAUUGGUCUACCCCGAUGUGAAGAUAGAAUCCGUGAAAAUAACCGACGUAGAGACGUUCUUUGAUACUUUCGACUACACGAUUUUAUCUGCUGUGAAUCACGGAAAUGUUGAUGACUCGACCUUGAUCAAGGCACGCCAGUAUCGUUUGAACCAUAAACCUUACUCAUACGAGAUGGUGGUGAACAGCCAUAAGGCCGAAAAAGUUGUCGUUCAGAUGUUCCUUGGACCCAAACACGUGCCGGGGGUCACUUUAGCCGAUAACUAUGACCAAUUCAUGCCAUUUGAUGAAUUCCUGUUUGACCUGAAGGCUGGAACCAACAAGCUCGAACGCUCCAGCACCGAGUUCCACGUCAAUGGAUUUGACCCAAUGAGCAGUGAUGUGCACUACGAUGAGAUCCAGAAGGCGAUGUCCGGCGGUGCUGCAUACAAGAUGCCCAAAGGUCUUUUCAAUUACCCGAGGCACAUCACCAUGCCCAAGGGAAAACCGGAAGGUGUUCCGUACCAGUUCUUUUUCUACAUCGCCCCGUACAACGAGGAGUACUCGUUUGAAAUCGAAUCCAGUGUAUUCGGAAGAUUCAAGUCCUACAGCAAGAGUUUUGGAUACCCCCUGGAUAGACCGGUAUACUUCCCCAUGGAAAAACUGCCGAAUGCGUUCUUCAAGGAAUUCUACAUCUACCACAAGGACAGCUUUCACCAUACCCAUUGAUUCAUUUAUCUAGACCCCAUUUCUCGCACAAUUCCAACCAGUGCUGGUGUUCUUCGCUUAUUAAAAGCAAGUCACCUUAGGUGAUUACGGGGAAUAAUGUCCAAGUGACGUUGGCAGUAAACGUAGUGAAUGUUACGUCUCAAAUGUUGCAAUCGCAGUAGGCAAAAUGUGUAAACCGGUUAUAUUACACGGUAUUAGAUUUAGUUAUACAUUAUUACGAAAAUUAUAAUCAAUUGCAAAUUAUUAAAA